CAUUAUAAUAACUUCAUUAAUUCGACAGCAGUCGUAGUAGUCGGACGCAUCUGCUAUACCCUCAAUAUACUUAUUGUGAUCUGAACUUGCGUAUAGUUGUGUACUCCGUUUCUGAGAGACAAUGUACAAAGUGCUGAGUGUGUGGGCGCUAGUGGUGCUGUGUGCGGGGCUGGUCCACUCCUGGGACUACGCAAUGGCUACAGAAAAACGAAUAGAUUUUUUUAAAAACGAUGCGGUAACACACAGCAUCGUAAGUCUCCAGUUUAAGAACCUCACGGCGUUAGCUUACGAUGCACUCCACGACACGCUCCUGAUCGUCGACCAACAGACAGACAACUCUUCCGUAUACCGAUUGAACUUCACAUCCAACGACAUCGAGCUCAUACUUACCAGGAAACAGAUCCAGACUAUAGCCUACGACCCAGUCAAGGAUUUACUUUUCUGGGUUCAGGAAAUAAAUAUUUUUUCGAUACCUUUAAAGUUUGGAUCUAAAUGCGACGUCAGUGAACAAAAUCUUGUAAUUAAGUUGCCUGAUCAAAUCCCAAGUUCUAUUGCAGUGGACAGUUGUGAAGGGUUUGUUUACUGGACCAACAAAAACAUUGCGAAGCCUACAAUAGAGAGAGUUCGAUUUGAUGGCUCAGCAAGAGAAGUUGUGAUAGAUAAGGAUAUCCAUGAGCCUAAUCAUCUUGUCAUCGACCCUCAGAUAAAGAAAAUGUUUUGGAUUGAUACGAGACGUAAUGAAACCCACAAUUACAAAUUGAAUCAUGCGUAUUUGAAUGGAACGAACGAAUCCGACUCAGCACUAGGUAAUGGUCGUAUUCCAACAGCAUUGUCUAUCUCAAACCAAUUUGUUUACUGGGCCGAUCAUGGUGUAAAAUUGUUUAUUUAUACACUGCCGAAACCCUAUCUUCAUGGACUUCAUGAAUCCGAGACUGGAGGCCAGCAAUCAUCAAAAAUCGUGGCCAAAUAUACACUUGCAGAACAAACUAAAGGAAUUCAUGAAUGUUCAACUCUAACUAGUUUGCUACAAGAAAAUGCCACCAACAAUGACAACAUUUGUGUUCAUGGUGAGAAAGCUAAUGCCACAUCUUGCACAUGUGCCCCUGGCUACAUCGGUGAGAGAUGCGAUGUGUCAGUCUGUCAAAACUAUUGCAUCCAAGGAACCUGCAGUGUCAGUGAUGAAGGGGAACCCUCUUGCAGAUGCGAGUCUGGUUAUUCUGGAGCGAGGUGCGACAUCAACAUGUGCUUCAAUUAUUGUCUGAACAACGGCGUUUGUUACUUUACAGAAGAGAAUGAACCACUCUGCCAAUGCAGUGGAAAUUACAGUGGUUCCAGGUGUGAAGCUAUCAAAAGUGACACAGUUUGUACAACGUUAAGUUCUGGAUAUAUUAACAUUACUAAUCCGAAACCAGCACAUAAUAACUUUACUAUAGCCGAAGUGUUGUUAAACCGUCGUAAUGUAACUAAAGUGACUGUUAACGUGGAAAUAGAAUCUAGUUAACGUACUCGUAUUUAUUUGAUAUUCUGUAUUAAAUUAAGAAUUACUUUUUAUUCUGAUGUUCUUUGUACUUGCAAUAUUUUAACAAACUUUUGGUUUUAAAUCUCCCAGUUACAAGGUUAGUUAUUGUGAAAUUAUUUAAGUCGCUACUAUACAAGCUGUCAGUGGCAAGGCGUCCCUAUAAGCCGAUUCCUAUCGGCUUCCCUUUGGAUUUUCAAGUUAGAAGCAUAGGUUUAAUUAGUAUAAUAAUUUAAACCACACAAUUUAAAUAUGUAAGUAUAAAAAACGCCUACCACCGUUAAUUUUAUUGAGCGAAUGAGAAAGAACGAGUCCCGAGUAGAGUAGCUUUAUCUGUCUACGCGUGAGUUACAGCACCUAGAGCUUUCAAAUGUAAACAAAAAAAUCAGGCAAAUUCACUCUCAUUGUUCUUAUUUUGUUUUAGAAACGAUUUGUUUGUUGUUUUAAUAGAAUUUAUUAGUGAG